CUGAGGAGGAGGAGGGAGGGAAUCAGCUGGUUAUGAGCCGCUCUGUUAGGGAGUCAGCGCUGGUUAUGAGCCGCUCUGUUAGGGACUCAGCGCUGGUUAUGGGACGCUCUGUUAGGGAAUCAGCGCUGGUUAUGAGACGCUCUGUUAGGAGGGAAUCAGCGCUGGUUAUGAGACGCUCUGUUAGGGAGUCAGCGCUGGUUAUGAGACGCUCUGUUAGGGAGUCAGUGCUGGUUAUGAGACGCUCUGUUAGGGAAUCAGCGCUGGUUAUGAGACGCUCUGUUAGGGAAUCAGCGCUGGUUAUGAGACGCUCUGUUAGGAGGGAAUCAGUGCUGGUUAUGGGACGCUCUGUUAGGGAGUCAGCGUUGGUUAUGAGACGCUCUGUUAGGGAAUCAGCGCUGGUUAUGGGACGCUCUGUUAGGGAAUCAGCGCUGGUUAUGAGACGCUCUGUUAGGGAGUCAGUGCUGGUUAUGAGCCACUCUGUUAGGGAAUCAGCGCUGUUUAUGAGCCGCUCUGUUAGGGAGUCAGCGCUGGUUAUGAGUCGCUCUGUUAGGGAAUCAGCGCUGUUUAUGAGCCGCUCUGUUAGGAGGGAAUCAGCGCUGGUUAUGAGCCGCUCUGUUAGGGAAUCAGCGCUGGUUAUGAGACGCUCUGUUAGGGAAUCAGCGCUGGUUAUGAGUCGCUCUGUUAGGGAAUCAGCGCUGGUUAUGAGACGCUCUGUUAGGAGGGAAUCAGCGCUGGUUAUGGGACGCUCUGUUAGGGAGUCAGCAUUGGGUAUGAGCCACUCUGUUAGGGACUCAGCGCUGGUUAUGAGACGCUCUGUUAGGAGGGAAUCAGCGCUGGUUAUGGGACGCUCUGUUAGGGAGUCAGCAUUGGGUAUGAGCCGCUCUGUUAGGGAGUCAGCGCUGGUUAUGAGUCGCUCUGUUAGGGAAUCAGCGCUGGUUAUGAGUCGCUCUGUUAGGGAGUCAGCGCUGGUUAUUAGACGCUCUGUUAGGAGGGAAUCAGCGCUGGUUAUGAGCCGCUCUGUUAGGGAAUCAGCGCUGGUUAUGAGACGCUCUGUUAGGGAAUCAGCGCUGGUUAUGAGUCGCUCUGUUAGGGAAUCAGCGUUGGUUAUGAGCCGCUCUGUUAGGGACUCAGCGCUGGUUAUGAGACGCUCUGUUAGGAGGGAAUCAGCGCUGGUUAUGGGACGCUCUGUUAGGGAGUUAGCAUUGGGUAUGAGCCACUCUGUUAGGGAAUCAGCGCUGGUUAUGGGACGCUCUGUUAGGGAAUCAGCGUUGGUUAUGAGCCGCUCUGUUAGGGAAUCAGCGCUGGUUAUGAGACGCUCUGUUAGGGAAUCAGCGCUGGUUAUGGGACGCUCUGUUAGGGAGUCAGCGCUGGUUAUGAGACGCUCUGUUAGGAGGGACUCAGCGCUGGUUAUGAGACGCUCUGUUAGGAGGGAAUCAGCGCUGGUUAUGAGACGCCCUGUUAGGGAAUCAGCGCUGGUUAUGAGCCGCUCUGUUAGGGAGUCAGCGCUGGUUAUGAGACGCUCUGUUAGGGAAUCAGCGCUGGUUAUGAGACGCUCUGUUAGGAGCCAGACGAGCAGCUCAGACCAGUGGGCACGCCCCUGUGACGCCACACAGUUCUGCACUUCUGUUGUUGUCUUUGUGUUGUUUACUUUUUUGAACAAGAAAACCAAAUCCCAUCUUUGAGUCGCAGGAAAGAUUAUGAAUUAAACUGAUUAUACUUUUAUUUGAGAAGGAGCAAGGGAAAUGUAUGUAGUGUGCAUGCUGUCACAAUUCUCUCAAACCUGAAAGCUGUCUUCAUUUUUGAGUAAAAGUAAGUCUUAAAGAUGUCGCGAAGCGUAGAAGGACUUCGUAGACUUGAUUGGUUAGCUUUUUGUGUUUUUGUUACAGAGAAUAUUACUCUCUCCUGCUGACCUCUUGUCAGAAGCCAAUGCCAGCAAAGACAUGGACCUGGAUAUGUACAGUAAAGGUAGCCGCUGUUUGUGAGUUGAUGUUGAUAUUGACAUUUCCUGACAGACAAAAAAAAGGGGCAGCGUUGCUGGCUACCGGAAGUUAAGCAGCCUUUCAGCUACACGUGGAUAAGGCGGCACCCCUGGUUUGAACCCAGCUCUCCUACUGCCCCCCAACAGAAGCCUUUUUGGAUAUUAAAGGGGCAACCAAAAGAAUCAUUUGCAGACCCCGGGGUAGGGGCUGGGACAGUGGGCUCACAUUGGAUUCACAGCCUCUAUGCUUAUCAAUCCGGAUGCAAAGUUAAAGCCAAAGAUGACAGUCUUGGUAGCUGGUGAUGGUGGCGGGGGAGGACAUUUUCUGUAUUCUUUACUCUGCAAUAGCUUGGCACUCUGACCGUGUCCUGUUUGCUGCGGGUGCCAGUUGCUGAUGCGUGUUUGCUAGUGCUCCUUUAGCAUGCGGCGGUUUGAUUUGGGCGUGGCUUUAGAUCGACCGAGAACAGGAUCGUUUUGAUGCCCCUUCCGGGCUCUCUGUUGUCAUUGACAACAGCGCAUGUUGCUAAUGGAGGCUGCGUUGGCAGCUGCGCAUGGCUUUAGCCUCAGCCUGUUUAACGACUCAAACGUGUGGAUUCAGACCUCCUGUAAAAUGCACCGGGGAGAUGUGUGGUUUACCUCUGUCCAAUCGCGCGAAGACGACUCGACUGCAUUCACACACCGGCUGACCACUGCUGUGGGUACGUCUCUUACCCCCCCUGCACUGAAACUCAGCACCGCUCUCAGUCAGUUCCUGGGGCGGUAUGGCCUGAUUGGCCGUCCGUGCUCGUAGCUCAGACUCGCUCUCAGACUCGCAUUCAGACUCCCGCUCUCAGACUCCCGCUCUCAGACUCCCGCUCUCAGACUCCCGCUCUCAGACUCCCGCUCUCAGACUCCCGCGCUCAGACUCGCUCUCAGACUCCCGCUCUCAGACCCCCGCUCUCAGACCCCCGCGCUCAGACUCCCGCUCUCAGACUCCCGCUCUCAGAAUCCCGCUCUCAGACUCCCGCUCUCAGACUCCCGCUCUCAGACUCCCGCUCUCAGACUCCCGCUCUCAGACUCCCGCUCUCAGACCCCCGCUCUCAGACUCCCGCUCUCAGACUCGCUCUCAGACUCCCGCUCUCAGAAUCCCGCUCUGACGGCAGGCUGGGUUGGGCAGCGCUGGGCUCUGCUGGGUUGGGCAGCGCAGGGCUCUGCUGGGUUGGGGAGCGCAGGGUUUUGCUGGGUUGGACACAAGCCUGUGCACUGAUGGUGUGGGGGGGGGGGGGUGGCACAGGAUGUUCUAUGCGUGAUGUGCAAAUGUUUUCUCUCAUGCCUUACUUGCCCCAUUUCUAUCUCUCUCUCUCUCUUUUUGUUUAAAUUGCUUAGCUAUUUGUUCAGCAGAACUGUGCCAAAUACAAAAAACAUUUGGGCGUUUGCAUUUGAAGUGACAUUUUUAGUUUGUUUGACAUUGUCAAAGACUGAAAAAAGUGCAUUGUGUUUUAAAUAUUUAAAUUCUUUCUCAAAAGCAUGGUUUCUCCAUUUAUGUUUGAAAUUGUUAGCAGAUGUUCUUGGAAUACAUUUGUAAUUUCAAAUGCUUCCAUCAGAUGCUUUUGAAAUUCAUAUCAUUUACACAUCUAUGGAUUUAAGGUUAGAUUAAAAAUGAACCUUGGUAACUUAA